AUGGAUGUUGUAAUUUUUUGUUUGUUAAUGUAUGUUGCCGUCUCGCCUACUUCCACUCUAACAGGGGGAAAUAUCUGUCCAAAGAAUGUGACAACGGACAGGGGAGAACUUGAAGCAAAAGAGAUAUGCUGUAAGGAUUAUGAAGAAAAGAAUGAUAAGUGUGUAGAAUGUUACGGCUCUUGGGGAUGGAACUGUUCUGGAACAUGCCCAGAGAACCAUUAUGGGGGGAAAUGCGGGAAAAUAUGCACCUGUGAUAAUGAAACACAAAUAUGUCACCCUGUGUGUGGAUGUUUGAAAAGAUUGGACUUGAAUAAUUCAAAUAUGACAAACAACGAAACCAAUAUUUCAUUAAAGAACGUGACAUCUUCACCGCAUGCAGAGGAAUGUCCUUCUACAAUACAAGUGUUAUCAACAACCACAGUUUCUACUGCACAGACCUCUACAGCUCCUCUAGAAGCAAAGUUCAAAAUAGAAUUUCUUAUUGGAGCAGCAAGUGUCACCUGUGUGUGUAUUGUGUCCGGAAUAGGACUGUUAUAUAGGCUGCACUUUGGAAGAAAAAAAGCAGGAAGUCGCAUUCAUCAUAACAUGGUGUAUGAUUUAGAAGAUACAUCAAGGAUUCGGGAAAACCCAAGUGUACACGAAGAGCCAGCAGAGCCUCUGUAUGGAGAAUGUAGUUACGAGGACACUUGCUACAGUACAUUGGUACUAAGAGUGAACAAUGAAUCUGGUCGAGAACCGAAUACAUCACGACAGCCAGUCUUUACAGAUGAAUACAAUAUAUAUGAGUUUGCACAGCGUUAUACACAUCAUAGUGAUGGAGGACAGCCACCAAACGUGUAUAUUACUGAUCUGAUUGAAGCCACUGAAUAACUGAAAACUUUAUCCAUUUGAUGAUAGUAUAAGCUUCAUGUAAUAUGUCAGACAGCUUAACAGCUGGCCGGGUGUGUUAGACGUUCUUAUUAACAAAGCUCCGAGUUGUCUAUAAAUCGUAUUGGAUUGUUACUCUGACAUAAAAUGUUGAUAUGUAAAUAGGAAGAUUAAUAACUUAUCUUUACUAUUAAUAGCAAAUUAUUAUGGACAUAUGGACCAUAGAAUCAGUUAAGCUACGAUUCAAAGUUUAUUCAACACAAAAUCGUAUUCACUCAGAGCGUACUGAUACAGUCAUUAAAAAACCACGUUUUUUUUAUUUAAAAACUAUGUGCGUGAUGGGUUUUCAUACGUACUCGUAUUCGGUUUCGGAUCACGUGAUCAGGUAAUGUAAAUAGUAGGAACAUGUGUUGACGUGGCACUCUAACUUCGCUCUCUAGUUGUGAUUUAAGUAAGGUAAAA